AUGGAGCGCACAUUCCUGAACACAAGUUCAUUCAAAACUUUGUAUCAGAAGAUGGCCGCUGCAUCCCACCAUUUGAAUAUGGCCCCGGAUCGUCUUCGGUUUGCAUACUGGGUUCCUAAUGUUUCAGGUGGUCUUGUAAUCAGCAAGAUCCCACAAAGGACUAACUGGGACCUUGAAAGCAAUGUACGCUACGCAAAGGCGGCGGAAGCAGCGGGAUUCGAAUACGGCCUGACCCAGAUUCGGUUUCUGGCCUCGUAUGGGGCGGCGAAACAGCACGAAUCGGUCUCAUUCUCUCAGGCCAUCUUAGGAGCAACCAAAUCAAUCAAAAUUAUUGCUGCAAUCCUACCAGGCAUCUGGAACCCAACAGUUGCGGCGAAACAGAUUGCUAGUAUCGACAAUUACAGCAACGGUCGAAUCGCCGUUAACAUCGUCAGUGGCUGGUUCAAAGGCGAGUUUCAUUCGGUGGGGGAGUGGUGGUUGGAACACGCUGAGCGGUAUCGCCGAAGCAACGAGUUCAUUCGUGUGCUCAAGGGUAUCUGGACUUCACCGGAUGAGACUGGUUUCAGCUUCUCUGGCGACUUCUACCGGUACACUAAUUACAAUUUAAGCCCGAAGCCAGUGCAAAGACCGCAUCCCGAAAUCUUCCAGGGUGGAAACAGUGACGACGCUAGAGUCAACGCUGCAGAGGUUAGUGGGUGGUACUUUAUGAACGGCAAUGAUAUCGCUGGGUUCCGAACUCAAAUCGAGGAUGUCAAGUCCAGAGCUAAGAAGAACAACCACGAAGUCAAGUUCGCGGUUAAUGGAUUUGUGAUCGUGCGAGAAACCGAAGAGGAGGCAAUUCGCGUACUAGAGGAGAUCCAAGGCAAAGCCGAUCGAGAAGCAGUUCAGGCGUUUGGUGACGCCGUGAAACAAGCGGGUGCAAGCACAUCCAACAAGACCGGUAUGUGGGCCAAUAGUAAGCUGAAGGAUCUGGUUCAGUACAAUGAUGGAUUCAAGACAAAACUUAUUGGGACAAAAGAACAAGUGGCCGACAGGCUUCUUUUGUUAAAGAGUCUUGGGAUUGACCUCGUUCUGACCGCAUUCCUUCACUAUGAGGAUGAGAUUGAUCAAUUUGGUCGUGAGGUUGUCCCCUUGGUCCGACAACUGGAGAGGGAAGGUCGCGGAAAAGACGUUGACUUCGAGGUCAAACGCACUGGAGAUGUGUACAGCCCAUCCUAG